UGCGCGCGGCCACGCACAGCCCGAGCGCGCACACGAGCAUGCAGGACGACGCCAGGCCGGUCAAGAGCGAGUGGGGCUGGCUGCGACCCCACUCGACGCCCGCCACGCUGCUCUGGCUGCAGCAGAACUACGAGGUGGCCGAGGGCGUGUGCAUCCCCAGGAACACGCUGUACCUGCACUACGUGGACUUCUGCGCGCGCAACGCCAUGCAGCCUGUGAACGCGGCCAGCUUCGGAAAGGCACGCCGCAUGCUGCACGCCCCGUCGAUGGCAGCGAGUGACGAUAGCUUCCGGCUCACGCAGAUCAUCCGGCAGCAGUUCCCGCAGCUGACCACGCGGCGCCUGGGCACCCGGGGCCAGUCGCGCUACCACUACUACGGCAUCGCGGUGCGCGCCGGGUCGCUCUACUUCGAGCCUCCGUACGCCAAGGGGUGA